AUGAAAUCCCAAUGGUGUAGACCAGUGGUGAUGGAUCUAGGAGUUCACCAACUGAUACACUUUUCAAUUUCUUUCUUGUCAUCCUUGCUGGAGACUGAAAACACUUCUGUGAGACUUGACAAUAGCUCCUCGGGUGCAAGUGUGGUAGCUAUGGACAACAAAAUCGAGCAAGCUAUGGAUCUGGUGAAAAGCCAUCUGAUGUAUGUGGUUAGAGAGGAAGUGGAAACCCUUAAAGAGCAAAUCAAAGAACUAAUAGAGAAAAAUUCCCUGGAGCAGGAAAACAAUCUGCUGAAGACACUGGCCAGUCCUGAGCAGCUUGCCCAGUUUCAGGCCCAGCUGCAGACUGGCUCCCGCCCUGUGACCACACAGCCCCCAGCCCAGCCAGUGUUCCAGGGCUCAGGACCAACCGCAUAG